CCACUUCGUAGUACAGGCCCCUGCUCCUCAGGGAACUGUCUGGUUGUUAGGUGUGGUUGUUAGGUCGAUAAUUCCGUUUCCGGCUCCAGCUGGGACCAAAGCGGGGUUGUUUUUUUUAGUUUAAAAGUUUUUCCCAAUGUUCAGAGUAGCCCACAACAUAAAUAGUUAUUCUACUACUCACACCUGCGUCAACCUCGUGAAGUCCUAUUUUUCAUGUAGAGGCCUGGACUUCACCCUCGCUGAAAAGGAGGUUCGCAGGAGGUUGUGAAAACGGCUGGCUGCGCUUGUCAACUUAUUGCACGACAGAGCGGAAGGACCCUGGAGACAACUUGUAGUGUCAGACUUGAUUAGUUUGUGUCUAUUCUGAUCAGACAUAGUGGCCCGUACCGAUCCAGAAAGUAACCCAAUGUAGGGAACUGUGCUUUUCAUCAGUUUCCAAUGUGCUCGGUACCCAUUUAACUAGCAAUUUGUGUAUAACUGACGAAAAGGUGUCAUGAUCCUACCUCCGACAACCACAUCACAUAAUGCAAAGCCGACGUUGCAGGCGUGCAUUUGCCAAGCCCAUGGACUGAAUGCAUUGUCAGUAUUGUAAGUCAGCCCUGCACACUGGACUUGGGGCUGGAGUCGCCCACCUCAAUGAGAGGCAGCGGGGACAUCUAAGGACAGACUGAAGGAAGACCAGCAAGCAGGGGAUAGGCGGAAAGCGCAGCGGCCGGAGGAGUGGGCUUGCAACCGGGGCCGGAGAGGAGAGAGAGCGCGCCGUGUCGGGCUCGGUGGCCAAGGCUGUCAGUGCCUGGCUGUUUGACUCUUCGUUUAAGGCGCUCUGCCCGAGCAGCCGAGUCAACAACCCUGUGCAGUCCCCCGCCAUUGGAAUAGGCCAUCCUCCGGACUUUCUGCUUCUAUCUAGUUGUAACACAGGGGCUAAGGUUGGCGAAUGUCGAUGGGUAAGACGGGAAACAUGCCUUCUUGAGGAGGAAUUGCGCGGUGGAUAGAAAAAAGGGUCGUUUCGGAGUCACUCCCAUUUCUGUGAAGGCGAUCGGACCCAAGUUUCAAUUACGAACGAGUCCGAGCUCAGAGCUGAGACCAAGACGGCUGAAUCGGCGAGGAGGGGAGACUCUAGGAAUAAUCAGCCGGCGUUUAGGCCUCAAGACAUGGGCAACACGCCCGCCUCUAGGCGGGGAAGCGAUAUGGAAAGCGUGAAGGAGUUCCUUGCCAAAGCCAAAGAGGACUUCCUGAGGAAAUGGGAGGACCCUGCACAGAACACAGCUGCUCUGGAGCAGUUUGAGCGGUUGAAAACUCUGGGCACGGGUUCAUUUGGCCGUGUGAUGCUCGUGAGGCACAGAGAGACUGGUCAGCACUUUGCCAUGAAGAUCCUGGACAAACAGAAGGUGGUGAAGUUAAAACAGAUUGAGCACACACUGAAUGAGAAGCGCAUUCUUCAGGCUGUCUGCUUUCCUUUCCUAGUGCAGCUGGAGUACUCCUUCAAGGAUAACACAAAUCUCUACAUGGUGAUGGAGUAUGUUCCAGGGGGAGAAAUGUUCUCACAUUUAAGAAGAAUCGGCAGAUUCAGUGAGCCACACGCCCGUUUCUAUGGCGCCCAGAUUGUCCUGACGUUUGAGUACCUCCACGCCCUGGACCUCAUCUACCGAGACCUGAAGCCUGAGAACCUGCUCAUCGACCAGCAGGGCUACAUACAGGUAACAGACUUUGGCUUUGCAAAGAGGGUCAAAGGUCGGACAUGGACGCUGUGCGGCACCCCGGAGUACCUGGCUCCAGAGAUCAUCCUCAGCAAGGGUUAUAAUAAAGCUGUGGACUGGUGGGCGCUGGGAGUGCUCAUCUAUGAGAUGGCUGCUGGCUACCCGCCCUUCUUCGCCGACCAGCCCAUUCAGAUCUACGAGAAGAUCGUCUCCGGGAAGGUCCGCUUCCCUUCCCACUUCAGUUCGGACCUGAAGGACCUUCUCCGGAACCUUCUGCAGGUGGACCUGACCAAGCGCUAUGGCAACCUCAAGAACGGCGUCAGCGACAUUAAGGGCCACAAGUGGUUCGCCACCACCGACUGGAUCGCCAUCUAUCAGAAGAGGGUGGAGGCCCCAUUUGUUCCCAAGUGCAAAGGCCCCGGCGACACCAGCAACUUUGACGACUAUGACGAGGAAGAGAUCCGAGUCUCAUUCACUGAGAAGUGCUCCAAGGAGUUUGCCGAGUUCUGAGUUCUUAUUAGGUUGGGGGGUGUUAGGUGUUAGGAUGAGAGUGGGUGAUGUUGCCUGUCUGAAUCACAACCAGAGAGAGGUCCAGCAGAACCGACAACAAGCCUCUCCAGUCUCCUGAAAAAAGAAGACAGCAGUGUUGCCUUUUUAUAUAUUUUCUUUCUUUCUUUUUUGUCAUCUUUUGUGUCUUAAAUCACUAUAUAUAUUUACAGGAAGCAGAGCUUUGGCUCAUUCAGACAAAUUAUAACUCCUCCACAUACAUCUACAGAAUCUCUCACUAUGAGCCCAACUACAGUCUUACCUAUGCGGAGCUUAAUCACCAUCUGACACCUGUGAAGGUUAACGUGUCCGGUGGAGAUCACGGCAGCUCUCUACGCACUUACAUUCUUUAUAAGUCACGCCCACUUUUACCUGCUCGCUGUUAUGCGAACUUGUCCAUGUCGGACAGGUGGCCCGCCCGUCUGACCAAAGCAAUACCAAGCCAAACGCACGUUGUUGUUGUCGUCGUCGUUUUUUUUU